AGGAACAACAUGUUGUUUGAUUUGAGUAUAUGGCUUAUAUCGUGGAUCACUGUUUUGUCGGCACUGCCACUGAUUUAUUGGCGCAUGACACAAAACUUUAAUUACUGGCGCAAACGUGGUCUAAAUGGGCCCAAACCGUACCCACGGGUCGGCACUAAUAUAUACCACUUUUUUAAACCAAUGACUUUUGUAGACGUCCAGAGGUUUAAAGUGUUUGGCAAAGUCUAUGGGCUGUUUAACGGCACCAAACCGGUGCUGAGUAUCGCCAACCCGGCGCUCAUCCAACAGAUUAUGGUAAAAGAUUUCCAUCUAUUCUCGGACCGUAAGACCCGUCCCUAUCAACACCCGGUGCUCUUCAAAAACGUGUUUCACGCGUCGGGCGACGACUGGAAACGGUUGCGCACAAUA